AGAUCGCGUGUUCCUUCAAUUCUAUCUUCCAGACGUAUAACUAGACCGGUCCAAUGUCCUCUAGCCGUGUGAUUCAGGACUCGGACGAUGAAGACGAUCCUUUGGCGGGGCCCAUCUCCCCUCGACCCAGAGUCGAUAACACAGACCUUGACAUCCGGGCGGGUUCAGGACAUUAUCAAGCCCAUCAGACCAGCCAUGACUCGCACAUGAAUGUCAAUUUCGAUCAAUUCCUGCAAUCGCAAGAUUCCGCAAAUUAUGGGAUCUCAUCCUCCCAGCAACGAAGAGAAUCUCGAUGGAUACCGGCCGAUGCGGGGGGCGGAUCGAUUGGGUUAAUGAUGACGGAGAUCGGAAUUGCACAGCAACGACUAUUUGACGACGAUGAAGCACACUAUACAGAACAAACUGGAUAUCAGUACACCGGUGACAUGGACACCGCGCAGACGGAAUCGGCAGCUGUUGAGGAACAAAUAGCUGCAGAAUUCCCCCCGCAUGACGAUAUCGCCUUAGUACCUAAUGAGCAUCACCAUGGCUACUCAGAACAACCGCCUCUAUAUACUGAAGCGCAGCCUGAUAUAUCCGAUACUCUGCCCUACGGAACCGGACAGCACCCGCUUGACGCAGCGAACCUAUAUACCCACGAGCCAACUGCGCAGCCCAAUGAUCAUACGAGCUUCAACUACUCGGUUACGACAGGCGCAUCCUACAACAUGUUCGAAUCGUCUCUCCGCCCAUCAGGCAGCUUUGACCCAGAGAAUAACAUCCCUACCCAUGCAACCGGCACCGUCGACACCGAGGUCGCAUACAAAUUCACUCGGCGAUGCGACUCCGUCCCACCUGUCCCCUUCUCCCCACACGACACAGAACCAUUCUCCUCCGUGGUAUCCCCCAAAGCCAGCCGAUCGAAAAGCGACAAUGCAGUGCAGCAAUCCCAUCAAAGCGUCGAUGAGCUCAACGGCCCGGUGACCAUCGAGAUCCCCGUGGCGGAGAAGAAACAACGAGGCCGCAAGAAGAAACAAAGCAUCCCCGAGCACGACGAAGACGACGAGCUAGCCCAGAUCCACACCCCUACUAUAAUCCAAGAUGCAACAACCACUAUCACCACCGUCCCGACUACCACUAACACUACCAAUAACAAACCCGAAAAGCGCAAGCCAGGCAGACCCCCAAAGAACCCCAAACCACCACGCAACGAAGACGACGACCAGCCAGGAUUGAUAUCAAACGACACCACCGCAUUCCCUAUACCUCCAGACACCACCACCACCGACACCUCAGCCGACCCCCUCACAACAACAGAACACCAAACCACUACAACCACCACCGACCCACCCCCGCAAAAGAAACAAGCCAAAGAGCCCAAAAAGAAGAAACUCAAACGCGGCAAAACCACCUCCAUAACCCUAACAAAAACGUAUGAAUCUGACGUCGAAGACGACGUAAUCUGGGUAGACGAACGACCAGUCUCCACAACAAUCACCCCCCAAACCGAAGCAGAAACACAACAACCCGGCAACAUCCCUGCACAUGAAGAGACCACUCCCACAAUCCAAAACCCAGAUCCAGAACCCGAACCACAGCCAGCACCAGCACCAGCACCCAAAAAGCGCGGCCGCAAACGAAAGAACCCCGUCGAAGAACAACCACCCGCUCCCGCACCAGCUAUAGAUCCCCAGCAAUCAUCAGAUAAAGAGAACAAUCAAGUACCUGACCCCAACUCACCACCACAUGACGACGCAAAACCACAGCAGGACCCAAACCAACAACAACCUCAAGAGAAAGAGAAAGAGGCCGAGAAGGGGAACGAGGACAUGAGCGAGCCCCAACAAGAACAGAAUCCAGCACCCUCUACGCCCCUAAAACCUAGUAAAGGCCCAACGAAGCACAGUCCCAUAUCGUCCACGACUAAAGUGCCUUAUCGGGUUGGGUUGAGUCGGCGAGCGAGAAUUGCGCCGUUGUUGAAGAUUGUCAGACGGUGAUGUGCUGUACGGUGAGGAGUUUGUGGUUUGCGAUUGAGGAGUCUGAUCCCUUUGUAAUCAAUGUGUUUAUCUAUAUUAUUUCUGUCUUCUGUGGACGGAUGAGUCGUGGGUGCAUUGCAUUGUAACUAGUUUGUUCGGUUAUGACUGGCGCGAUAGUUAUCGGGGCAUGAGUAGUUAUCGGGGUAUGAGCUAUGAACGGCGCGGAGCGCGGUAUACCAUCUGGCGUUGUGGAUUCACUUAUCGAUUGAUUGAAGGAUUAUCUUUUUUAUUUCUAUGCUCAUCGGGUCAUGCGAUGUGAUGCUAUAUUGGGG